AUGUGGCUCUUUAGUCAAAUUCCAUCAAGCUCUAAUAUCAUAACAUUUAAAACUUGGAAUUUUUUGUUUCCACAUGUCACCACUACACUUAUUUUGAUCCUUUUAAUUCAGAUUUCUGGGUCGGUACAUAGUGGUCAAAUAUGUAAGCCACCGGAUAGUCCUAACUUACCGGAACGUAAAUAUAAGCUCCAGGAGCUUCAUUCAGCUUUUAAACAUGUUUCUGCAAAAUCAAAUUUAAUCAAUGAAAAACGACUUAAACAGUCUCGUCUACAACCAAAAGGUUCUAAUGCUCGAUAUAUCACAAAUGUGCAUUUGGGGGUACAACUUGGACCAUUGGGACCAGAUAAUUUUGCUCAGGUCCUUCCUGCAAUUGAUCUGGCUCUUGAAGAUAUACAAGCAUUUCCCGCUUUUGGAGGUGUCAGUUUUACUACAGUACUCAUAUUAUACAUUGAUGCCCUUGCAUGUGACGCACUUGCCUUAUUAACUCAACUAAAUUCGAAUGGAGUGAAUGUAAUUUUCGGUCCUUUAAAUGAUUUUACUCUGGCUAACGCUGCGAGAUUCAGUACUGCAAUGUACAAUGUCCCUAUUGUGGCUCCUGCUGGCUUUGCCCAUCAGCUUAGUGAUAAACUUGAAUAUGGAAUGCUUACACGUGUCUUAUUUACUUAUUCUGAUUUGGAAUGGGUUUUUGGCAAUACUUUAAAACACUAUGGCUGGUUGCCAGACCAACAAACACCUAUAGCCAUAGUUACAACUAGGAAUGUUAGACGUCGAGAAGGUGUGGUCGGGCAUACAGGAAUGGCUGGUGUUUUUCAACAUUUAAUAUUACAGAAGUUCUUAGUUAAAGCUGCAUAUAAACUUUUAUCAGUCACCUUGGAUGAUGAAUUUGAUGUAACUGAUCGCUUUCUGAAACGCCUUCCUGAUUCUGCUAGAAUUAUAAUACUAUGCACAGAUCCAGAAGUUGUACGGGAUAUUAUGUUGGAAGCACAUAAAUUAAAUAUGGUUAAUGGAGAUUAUGCAUUUUUCAACAUGGAUCUUUUAAGCAGUCAAACAAAAUUGAAAAGACCUUGGUAUAAAGAAACAUCCAGUCCAGAAGAAAACGAAAGAGCACGUCAAGCUUAUCGUGCUCUUAUGACUGUAACACUUUUGAAACCUGACAGUCCUGAAUAUCGAACAUUUACAGAAGAAGUGAGAGCAAGAGCUUUACGUGAUUAUGAAUUUAGUUAUCGAGAUUCUGAGGUAACACCGUUCAUUGGAACAUUUCAUGAUGCUGUCAAAUUGUACGCCUUAGCUUUAAAUGAUGCUUUAGCCAAAGGUGGAACAAUCACUAAUGGUACAUUGAUUACACAAGAAAUGUGGAAUAGAACAUUUAAAGGCGUUACUGGUGUUGUACGUAUUGAUGCGAAUGGUGAUCGUAACGCUGAUUAUUCUUUACUGGAUAUGAACCCUGUAACUGGAGACUUCGAAGUUGUCGUAAAUUAUUUUGGUAAUGAUAAGUCUUUAUCAACUGUUCCCGGUAGAACAAUUGAUUGGAUAAAUGCUGAUAAUCAACCUCCAUUGCAUACACCACCAUGUGGAUUCGAUGGUUCCGAAUGUCAUAAUAGUCAUUUUAUUCAUAUUGGAAUUAUUGGUGCAGUUGUAUUUAUUUUAUUAAUGACAAUGUCUUUAGUCUUGGGAAUAAUAUUCUAUCGCCGUGCUAAAUUCCAGGCGGAACUACGUGCUAUGAAUUGGAUUAUCCCAUGGGAUGCGUUGCUAGUGACAGAAAAACAUUUACGACGUUAUCGACGUGAGAGUGAUAUUCGUUCACCUAACCAAUCAUCUGAUCCGUUGAGAAAAAUAUCAUCGGAAACAUGUACCGCUGCAGCAAGUAAAUCUUUACUCAUUGGUAGUGAUCCAACAAACAAUGAAAAUCCAACACAAUAUUCAAAUACAGUUGAAUUCUGUACAACAGUCGAUGAAAUUUCUCCAGAGAAACCAAAUCGUAAAAUUUCAUUUAGUAAUCUUAUUUUGUCUGCUAUUAAUUCUUCCGGGAGUAAUUCUAGUGGAACUGGUACAAAUUUACCCACUGAUAAAAAGCGUCGAAAAACAUCAACUUCUGGAAGAUUUUUAGCUCGUUUCGCUGGUGAUUCGAUAAUAUUACCACCGACAGUAUUUGAAGAGUCUUGUUCACAAACUACAUCACCAUCUAAUUAUGUUGGCUAUACGCAUUUACAAGGAGUUAAUGCAAAUAAACGUCAACAUCGUUUAUCUAGACGGAGUAAGACAAAUGAUGAAAAUCAAGUGAUUGAUAUUAAUAGUCCAACAAACGGACAAAAUAGUAAAGGAAUGCCAGAAUGGACUUACUUUAAACACCCGUCUUUUGAUUAUACGUUUACUAAUAAACAAAAUAAAUAUCGAAAGAAACAUGAUAGUGUUGGGAUGGAUUCUGAUUAUAAUCCGUUAAUGGAAUUCGAUUUUUUCAAAAAGAAAAAGCAUUCACAAGAUUCUCAGUCAAGUUUAGGCUCAUUAGAUACAAUCUCUGGCAUACAAUUAGAUAAAUUAGCAAAUUCACAGAUGUUUGCACGUACAGCAUUCUACAUGAAAAGUAUUGUUGCUCUGAAACCUCUACGUAGACAAACACGAAUCGAACCAUCCAAAGCACUGUCGAUUGAAGUUAAAAAAGUUAAAGAUUUAAAUUGUGAUCAUAUUUGUCGAUUAAUUGGUGUAUGCUUAGAAGUGCCACAUCAGUGUAUUGUUUAUGAAUACUGUCCAAAAGGAAGUUUGCAAGAUGUUUUGGAAAAUGAACAAAUCAAAUUAGAUUGGAUGUUUAAAUUUUCUUUGAUGCAAGAUAUUUGUCGAGGUGUUAUGUACUUACAUCAAAUAUUUGGUCCACAUGGUAAUUUGAAAAGUUCCAAUUGUUUGGUGGAUUCACGUUUUGUAUUAAAAAUCACUGAUUUCGGUCUACCACAUAUACGUGGUCCACCGCCAUUAGAAUCAGAAGUUGGCAGUUUUAUAUUUCAUCGAAAUUUAUUAUGGACAGCACCAGAAUUAUUACCUGACGGUGAUACAACUAUUUAUCCACGCGAAUCAAUAAAAGGCGAUGUUUAUAGCUUUGCAAUUGUCUGUCAGGAAAUUGUAUAUCGCAAAGGUGUAUUUUAUAUACAGAAUUUUAAAAAUUGUGAACCAGAUUUUAUUGUAAAGGAAGUGAAAGCACACAGGAAACCACCAUUUCGACCGACAUUAGAUUCAUUAGAAGGUUGCUCUGAAGAUUUAGUUCAGUUAAUCUGUCAAGCAUGGGAUGAUGAUCCAAGUGUACGACCAGAUUUUCAGUCAAUUAAAUUAUCUAUGCGAAAAUUAAACAAAGCAGGAGAUAGUAAUAAUGUUUUGGACAAUUUACUCUCUCGUAUGGAACAAUAUGCGAAUAAUUUAGAAGAAUUAGUUGAACAACGUACAGCUCAGUAUUUAGAAGAGAAAAAGAAAACAGAAGAUUUAUUAUAUUCUAUGUUACCAAGAUCUGUAGCCAAACAGUUAUUCCGUAAUCAACCCGUAACUGCAGAAAGCUUUGAAAUGGUCACCAUCUAUUUUAGUGAUAUUGUUGGAUUCACUUCACUUUCAGCGGAAUCUACACCAAUGCAGGUUGUAGAAUUGUUAAAUCGAUUAUAUACAUUAUUCGAUGGAAUAAUUGAAAAUUUCGAUGCAUAUAAAGUUGAAACAAUUGGUGAUGCGUAUAUGGUCGCUUCCGGCUUACCACAACGUAACGGUAACAAACAUGCACGUGAAGUAGCCCGUAUGUCUAUUGCAUUUUUGAAAGCUAUUUUUGAAUUUCAAAUUCCCCAUAGACCUGAAAAACGUUUAGAAUUAAGGAUUGGUAUACAUUCAGGUCCAGUAUGUGCUGGAGUUGUUGGACAAAAAAUGCCGCGUUAUUGCCUGUUUGGUGAUACAGUGAAUACUUCUUCACGAAUGGAGAGUAAUGGUUUACCCUUAAAAAUUCAUAUCAGUCAACAAACAUUUGAUGUAUUGAAAACAUUCAAAUCAUUUAUUAUGACUGAACGUGGUUUAGUUGAAAUGAAAGGUAAAGGUCGUCAAAAAACGUACUGGUUACAUGGUGAAGAUUGUUAUAUUGUUGAUCCUAUUCCUCCUGGUGCACAAAUAGUUGGUGGAACAUACGAAGGUGUUACAGGUCCAAUACCUGCCGGUGCAUUAACACAUAAAGGAAAUUCUGAUUUCACCCAAUCACCAGAACAUGUAUGUAAUCCACAGUUAACCUCUCCUCCACCCAAUCAUCUUGCUGUGAUUAAUAAUAAAGAAACCGUUAUUGAUAAUUCAUUAAGGCGUAAAUCUCACAGUUCACCUGCAUCGCCAGCAUUUAAUUCACAAUCUAUCGUAGACUGUAGUAAUAUCAUUAAUGAUAAUAAUAAUAAUAGUGAUAAUGUCAGUGUAGUUGCUACUGACCAUCAUCAUUAUCAUCCUCAACAACAUUUACAACAAUCAAAAUCUGCUGUUGAAUCUAAUGAAAGAGUUUCAAUGAAAACUACUAAUCCUUAUCAUCCAAAUAAUAAUAAUGAUAAUAAUUUUGAAUUAACUAAUCCUAAUCAAAGACGAGUAGCUGUAUGUCAUUUAAAUGAUGAUCAAGUUAUUUAUAAUGUAUCAGGUAGUAGUUGUGUUGAUAAUAAUUCACAACAAAUUGACGAGAAAGUUUAA